AUGAAUGUUGCUUUAGUUAUACUCAUUUGUUCUUUGUUCGUUGCAUCAGACGCCUACCUGGGAAUGAGUCGAAAUUACAUCCGCUUUCGUCGUCCGGAUGAUGUUUGGGAGCCACCAUUUCGAACGAUUCUUUGUGGAUCUGUUCCUCUUCGAGUUCAGAUUUAUGCUGAUCCAGAAGAAGUGUGCGAGUCAUACUUGAAACGGAUUCGGGAAAAUAUCAAUGAAGAGCGUUAA